AUGUCUAUACAUCUUUUCCUAACAUCUCUUAUAACCCUAACAGCCCUCCAAAACACCCAUGCCCUCCAAUUUAAAGUCACCAACAAUGCAGGAUCAUCCCCGGGAGGCCUCCGGUUCACGAAGGAGAUCGAGGCCGAACGAGCUCGCCAAAUAAUGAUAACCGCCACCAACUUCAUAUGGAACAUGCUGCACCAAACCAACCCAUCCGACCGGAAAAGAGUCGAAGCUGGGAAUGGGAAUGGCCAAACCCCGGUCGGACUUAUCGAAGGGAUGGCGGAUUACACUAUCCUGAAGGCGCAUUAUGAGCCUAAGGGAUAUGCAAAACCUGGUCAGGGUGAGAAAUGGGACCAAGGGUAUGAUUUUACAGCUAGGUUUUUGGAGUAUUGUGAGGGUGUUAGAUAA